UGGGCGCGCCCUCGGAGGCCCCGGUGGGAGGGGCCGCCCAGCUCCCCACGCCCCGCACCUCGGGCCCCGCCGCUUCCGCUCGCCCUGGCGUGGCUCGGGGAGCCUGGACGUGCUGCCUGGGCUCUACGCAGCCGGUGGCCCUGGCGCUCCCCUCGUCCCACACCCUCUGCAGAUGAGGCCAUGAGUCGCCGACUGGACCCGGGCCAGGGUCUCGUAGAACCAUGGACUGAGUCCAGCUGGUUCCCACUGCACAGAUGGGGAAACUGAGGCCUGGGAACACAGAGUGGCUGGCUUCUGGCCACACAGGAAGACCCUGGCCCUUCCAGAACCUCCUGCUUGUGCUGUGGACCCUCCUGAACUGUGGUUUGGGGGGCAGUGCUCAGGGUCCAGGGGAGUGGACUCCAUGGGGGUCCUGGAGCCGCUGUUCCAGCUCUUGCGGGCGGGGCGUCUCUGUCCGCAGCCGGCGCUGCAUCCGCUUUCCUGGGGAAGAUCCAUGCUGGGGCGACAGCCACGAGUACCGCCUCUGCCAGUUGCCGGACUGCCCCCCAGGGGCCGUGCCCUUCCGAGACCUACAGUGUGCCCUCUACAAUGGCCGCCCUGUCCUAGGCUCUCAGAAGACCUACCGAUGGGUACCCUUCUACGGGGCACCCAACCAGUGUGACCUCAACUGCCUGGCCGAGGGACAUGCCUUCUACCACAGCUUCGGCCGUGUCCUGGACGGCACCACCUGCAGCCCAGGUGCCCAGGAGCUCUGCGUGGCUGGCCGCUGCCUUAGCACCGGCUGUGACGGCUUGCUGGGCUCGGACGCCCGCGAGGACCGCUGCGGCCGCUGUGGCGGGGCCAACGAUUCUUGCCUCCUCGUGCAGCGUGUGUUCCGUGACGCUGGUGCCUUCGCCGGGUACUGGAACGUGACCCUGAUCCCCGCAGGCGCCAGACACAUCCGCGUGGCCCACCGGAGCCGCAACCACCUGGCGCUGAUGGGGAGUGACGGGCGCUACGUGCUCAACGGAGACUGGGUGGUCAGCCGGCCCGGGACCUACGAGGCGAUGGGCACCCGUGUGGUCUACACCCGCGACGCAAGUCCGGAGGAGACGCUGCGUGCAGCCGGGCCCACCUCCCACGACCUGCUCCUGCAGGUCCUCCUACAGGAGCCCAACCCCGGCAUCGAAUUUGAGUUCUGGCUCCCCCGGGAGCACUACAUCCCCUUCCAGGCCCAGGUGCAGGCCCUGGGCUGGUCCCUGCGGCAGCCGCAGCCCCUGGACAUGGUGCGCCCCCCAGCCCCCUCUGCCAUCCCUGCGCGGACCCUGACCCUGGCCCCAGACCCCUGCCCACCCUGCCCUGACACCCGCGGCCGCGCCCACCGGCUGCUCCACUAUUGCGGAAGCGACUUCGUGUUCCAGGCCCGUGUGCUGGGCCGCCACCGCCAGGACCAGGAGACCCGCUACGAGGUGCGUGUGCAGCUGGUCUACAAGAACCGCUCCCCACUGCGGGCCCGCGAGUACGUGUGGGCACCAGGCCAUUGCCCCUGCCCACUGCUGAGUCCCCACCGAGAGUACCUGCUGGCUGUCCGGCGCCUUGUCAGCCCCGAUGGUACACAGGACCGGCUGCUGCUGCCCCACGCUGGCUACGCUCGGCUCUGGAGCCCUGCGGAGGAUAGCCGGGCACGCCUGGCUGCCCGGCGCUGUCCUCUUUGAGCUCCUGAAGGAGUCUCCACAAUACGCAGCAAGAAAGA